GAUAUUAGGGCUUGAUGCGUGCAGGGAUACUAUAAUAGGUGAUGAAAUGUCAAGAGGAAUAUCAGGAGGCGAAAGGAAACGUGUUACUACAGGUGAGGUGAUGGUAGGCCAAAAAACAGCCCUCUUCAUGGAUGAGAUAUCGACAGGGUUGGAUAGCUCUACAACAUUUCAAAUAGUCAAAUGUUUGCAACAAAUUGCACAUCUAACAGAUGCCACCAUCCUCAUGUCUCUCCUCCAACCAGCUCCUGAGACAUUUGAACUCUUUGAUGAUGUCAUUCUCUUAUCAGAAGGCCAUAUUGUGUAUCAAGGACCAAGAGAGCAUGUAGUUGAGUUCUUUGAAAGCUGUGGUUUCAAGUGCCCCUUAAGAAAAGGGUUUGCUGAUUUUUUGCAGGAGGUUACAUCAAGAAAAGAUCAAGAGCAAUACUGGGCAGACAGAAGUAAACCAUAUGAGUACAUUUCUGUCACCGAAUUUUCCAAUAGGUUCAAGCAAUUCCAUGUCGGCCUACGUCUUGACAACGAUCUGUCUGUCUCUUAUGAUAAAUCCACAAGUCACAAAGCAGCUUUAGUUUUCAAGAAAUAUUCAGUCCCCAAGAUGGAGCUUUUCAAAGCAAACAUUGACAAGGAAUGGCUAUUGAUUAAACGAAAUUCCUUCGUUUACAUUUUCAAGACCAUGCAAAUAUUUAUUGUGGCUAUCAUUGCAUCAACUUUGUUCUUGAGGACUCGUAUGCAUACUACGAAUGAGCAAGAUAGUGCUAUCUAUGUUGGUGCAAUUUUAUUCAGCAUGACCUGCAAUACUUUUAAUGGUCUUGUAGAACUUUCACUUACCAUGAACCGACUUCCUUUAUUUUACAAACACAGAGACCUUCUUUUCCAUCCCCCUUGGGCUUUCACUUUGUCCAGUUUUCUACUAAGGGUUCCAAUAUCUCUAUUUGAAGCAAUUGUUUGGAUGGUUACAAGCUAUUACACAAUUGGAUUUGCCCCUGAACCAAGUUCUUCAAGCAACUACUGCUAAUAUUUGCUAUCCAGCAAAUGGCAGCAGGAAUGUUCAAGCUAAUAGCAGGAAUAUGCAGGACCAUGGUUGUCGCAGAUGUUGGCGGCUCCCUGGUUCUUCUUAUGGUGAUCCUUUUAGGUGGUUUCAUACUUCCGAAAGAUAAGAUUCCUGACUGGUUGACUUGGGGUUACUGGGUUUUCCCCUUGAGCUAUGCCUACAAUGCAUUGGUAGUAAACGAGAUGUUUGCUCCAAGAUGGAUGAACAAACUCUUGGGAAGCCAAAAGCUACAAUAAUAUCCAAGCAGAAGAGGGGUGAUAGAGAGGAGAUGGAAGCUGCUGAUCUAGACGAUGUUGCCACAACAAAUGGUGCACAGAGACAUCAUAGACCAACAAAUAAGUCACCAAAGAAACGGAUGGUUCUACCAUUCAAACCUCUAGUCAUGUCCUUUGAUAGUGUGAACUACUAUGUCGAUAUGCCACCUGAAAUGAAGGAAAGGGUAAGAGAGGAUAAACUGCAAUUGCUUGUUGAAGUGACAGGUGCAUUCAGGCCGGGAGUUUUGACAGCAUUGAUGGGAGUGAGUGGAGCUGGAAAAACCACACUUAUGGAUGUUCUAGCAGGAAGAAAAACAGGCGGCUAUGUUGAAGGGGACAUCCGAAUAUCUGGAUUUCCUAAGAAUCAAAAAACUUUUACAAGAGUUUCGGGGUACUGCGAACAAAAUGAUAUCCACUCUCCUCAAGUAACUGUCCAUGAAUCAUUGAUUUUCUCUGCAUUCCUUCGUCUCUCGGAAGAAGUAACCAGAGAACAAAAAAUGGCAUUCAUCGAUGAAGUGAUGAAUUUGGUUGAACUAGACGAUUGUUUGAAGGAUGCCAUUGUUGGUAUUCCAGGAGUCAGUGGAUUGUCAACUGAGCAGAGAAAACGAUUAACAAUAGCAGUGGAACUCGUUGCUAAUCCUUCAAUUAUAUUCAUGGAUGAGCCAACCUCUGGGCUGGAUGCACGGGCAGCAGCCAUAGUCAUGAGAACUGUGAGAAACACAGUUGACACAAGGAGAACGAUUGUUUGCACAAUUCAUCAACCAAGCAUCGAUAUCUUUGAGGCAUUUGAUGAGUUACUCCUAAUGAAAUAUGGUGGGCAAGUGAUCUACGCAGGACCCUUAGGCCGAGAGUCACAAAAAAUUAUCGAAUACUUUGAGACAAUCCAUGGAGUUCCAAGAAUCACAGAAAAGUAUAACAAUCCAGCAACUUGGAUGCUCGAAGUUAGCUCCAUGGCAACAGAAGCCAGACUUGGAAUGGAUUUGGCGGAAUACUACAAAUCAACCGAGACAUAUCAGCAAAACAAAGCAUUGGUGAAGGAACUGAGUGUGCCAACUCCAGGGGAGAAAGACUUGUUCUUUGACACGCAGUUUUCACAGUCCACGUGGGGACAAUUUAAGACAUGCUUUUGGAAGCAGUGGUGGGCUUACUGGGCUUAGUAAGGUUCAUCUUCACACUGGCUAGUGCCCUCCUGCUUGGGACGAUAUUCUGGAAAGUUGGCACGAAAAGGGACACGGAUAUAGAUAUUUUGACAGUAAUAGGAGCCAUGUACGCCACAGUUUUACUGUUGGGGAUCACCAACAGUUCAACAGUGCAGCAAGUAGUGGUGGUGGAGAGAAGAGUGUUUUAUAGGGAAAGAGGGGCAGGGAUGUACUCGGCACUUCCAUAUGCCUUAGCACAGGUGAUACUAGAGAUACCAUAUGUGCUCAUCCAGACAACGUUCUACACCUUAAUUGUAUAUGCAAUGUUGAGGUUUGAAUGGAUAGCAACCAAGUUCUUGUGGUUUUACUCGGUGAAUUUCUUAAUCUUUCUCUACUUCACGUAUUAUGGGAUGAUGGCCGUAUCCCUCACACCAAACCAACAACUAGCAGCCAUUUUCGCAGCCUCUUUUUACUCUCUUUUCAAUCUGUUUUCGGGUUUCUUCGUCCCAAGACCAGUAAGUCUAUCUUAAAUCAAUCCAUUCUUUAAAAACAAAUGACUAUCAUCUACUGCUCAAUUACAUAUAUUAAGACUUGGGGUUUUACAUUAAAAGUUCAACAUAAUAAGAGAGGUGAGACUUGAUAUUUUGGUUUGUAUCUUUAUAUUUGGGCAAGACCAUCUCAACUCUUAACAUGGUACCAC